AAUUAUACACAUUUUAUGGAAAUAACCCUGAAAACUGUCGGAUGUUGGGAUUGGUUCGAUAAACCGCGUAAAGAAUAUGAGAUAUUCAUAAAUAAUAUCUACUUGAGCAUUGUUUUAUUUGUUCUUAUUAAUUUGUUACUCUCGCUAAUCGUGAAUUUGUAUGUAGAAUGGAUUGACAUAAUGUCCAGUUUAGACAAAAUGGCGGACGGGUUACCGUUAAUAACAUCUGUGCUUAUCGUUUCUUAUUUCGCUAUAAACAAAGAUGCCAUGUAUGAUUUGGUUGGGUUUAUGAAUAAUAAUUUUAAAUGGCAUUCAGCUCGAGGGCUAACGAACAUGACAAUGGUAAAAAGUUAUAAGACGGCGAAAAAAUUUGCCUUCUUCUAUACAGCUUGCACUCUGUUCAGUGUUACCAUGUAUGUUUUCAUGCCUUUGGUUCUUCAUCUAUGGACAAAGCAAACUUUACAACCUUGGAUAUAUACCGAAGUCACUCAAACAUCUCUGAUCGUUCUGAUUUUCUUGCGCCAAUGUCUGGCACAGGCUUUUGUGGCGCUUGCUUUGGGGCAACUUGGUGUUUUUUUCGCUUGCCACGCUAUCUUGCUGUGUGGUCAGUUAGACUUGUUAUGCUGUUGUCUUCGUAACGUGCGUUACACUGCCAUCCUUGAAGGAGGGGUCCAAUAUAGCGCAUUAUCGAGUCAGUACAGCACUAUAGAAGAUGACGAAAAACAUAACUACCUGUACAACACGAGUGAAAUGAUCGAUUCGAAAUAUCAUUACGAUAAAAAAUUGAGAGCUAAUUUCAUUGGAAUGAAAACUGAAUUCGACAUAUACAGUUCUGAAUAUGACGACGCAACCAACGAUGCGCUCAAAGAGUGCGCGCGCAUCUGUCAAGUAAUCAACGAAUACAAGGACCGUUUUGAAAAGUUCGUCUCACCGUUACUUGUGCUACGGGUUGUACAGGUCACGCUGUACUUGUGCACCUUACUGUAUGCCGCUACUUUAAAAUUCGACAUGAUCACCGUCGAGUAUUUGGGAGCGGUCGCCCUGGACAUUUAUAUAUAUUGCUAUUUCGGUAACCAAAUUAUUUUACAGGCCGACCGUGUUACGACAGCUGCGUACCAGAGCGCCUGGCCGACCAUGGGAAUGAAAACCCGUCGUCUCUUACUCAACAUAUUGCUGUCCAACCUAAACCCCGUGAUUGUGCGAGCUGGUAGAUUUCUACCAAUGAAUCUUCAUACAUUCGUCGUGAUAAUAAAGACUUCAUUCUCGUAUUACACGCUGUUAGUAAAUGUAAACGAGAAGUAA